GGUCGAGACCGUCGUCGUGACAUAGGUGGUGUAUUGUAAGUGUCAUGCGUCUGGAACCUCCAUCGGAAUUCAUCUCGCGGGAUCGAUUCCCUGAAUUGACAAUUGUCCAAGAAACCCUGAGAGGGAGUUCUUCGUUUGCGUCGGUGUCCUUCCAACAAACAGGUUCCUCAGAUGGCCUCCCCCACCGCCAUUGUAGUCGGCGCCGGAGCCGGCGGAGUCGCCGUCGCAGCGCGACUCGCAAAUAACGGCUUCCAAGUGACAGUCGUGGAGAAGAACGGGGACAUCGGCGGACGAUGUUCCCUGCUGCAUCAGAAUGGCUACCGCUUCGACCAAGGUCCCUCCCUCCUCCUGAUGCCCGAAUACUUCCACGGGAUAUUCCACGACCUCGACACGUCUCUGGCAGCCGAAGGCAUCGACCUGCUGAAAUGCGAGCCUAACUACCGCAUCUGGUUCGCUGAUCACGAUACCCUCGAUCUCACGACUGAUCUGGCGAAGAUGAAGGCUCAGAUUGAAGAACAUGAGGGGCGGGCUGGGUUUGAAGGGUUCCUGCGAUUUAUGGUGGAGUCCGGACGACAUUAUAAUCUCUCGUGCGAGCAUGUCCUGCAGAGGAAUUUCCCGAGUCUCUGGAGCAUGCUCAGGCCGGGUUUGCUGAGAGUGCUGUGGAGCUUGCAUCCGUUCGAGAGUAUCUGCUCGCGUGUUGCUCGGUACUUUCGCUCGGAGAAGAUGCGGCAGGCGUUGACGUUUGCGAGUAUGUAUUUGGGGAUGAAUCCCUUUGAGGCCCCCGGGACGUAUUCGCUGCUGCAGUAUACCGAGUUUGCGGAUGGGAUUUGGUAUCCGGCUGGGGGGUUUUACGGGGUGCUAGAUGCCCUCGCCCGAGUGGGUACAAGACUGGGAGUUGACUAUCGACUCAAUUCCCCCGUUUCGUCGAUACAUCUCUCCCCGGAUGGGAAGUCGGCCAGUGGAGUGUGUCUUCAGUCUGGGGAACUUCUACACUCCGAUGUCGUCGUCGUCAACGCCGACCUGACAUACGCGUACAACCAUCUCCUCCCGAAAUCAGUAUACGCGGAAACCCUCAAGAAGAGACAGACAUCCUGCAGCAGCAUCUCCUUCUACUGGUCGCUCGACACCACUUUCCCGGAGUUGAAGAGCCACAACGUCUUCCUGGCAGAUGAAUACCGCGAAAGCUUCGACGCCAUCUUCAAAGACAACCAUAUCCCCGACCAUCCAUCCUUCUACGUCCACGUUCCCAGUCGACUAGAUCCGUCCGCCGCACCAGCAGGAAAAGACGCGGUGGUCGUGCUAGUCCCCGUCGGACAUCUAGGAGAUCCCCCCGCCUCCAACAAGGAAAGUCCCAAAACACCGGAACCCUCCUGGGACAAUACAAUCUCCCAAACCCGCACUCUCAUCCUCGACACCAUCGAAGCCCGAACCGGCGCAUCCCUGCGCGACCAUCUCGUCAACGAGCAAAUCGAGACCCCGCGGACCUGGCAAGCCAAGUACAAUCUUGAUCGGGGGGCGAUUCUCGGCCUCUCGCAUUCCUUUUUCAAUGUUCUGAGCUUUCGGCCCAGGAUCUGUCAUCCGUGGAUUCGGGACUUGUUUUUUGUGGGCGCGAGUACGCAUCCUGGGACCGGGGUGCCGGUUUGUUUGGCGGGGAGUGGGAUUGUUUGUCAGGAGAUUUUGGCGACAAGGGAGGAAGAUGUGGGAGGGAGUAGAUAUUUGCGGGUUUAUGGGUGGGUUGUUGUUGUUUUGCUGGGCUGUUGGCUCUGGUGGGCGUUUGGGGGUGGGAUUUGUUUGGAUGUGGUGUGGUGUCUUCGAGUCCUUUGACUGGACUAUGAUGGAGCAGAGCGCACAGCUUUUGAGGUGUCUAAUAUCUAAUCUCUUAUAUAGUAUCUAAUCUCUAAUCUCUCUGAACGGCAUUAAUAAUUUGAG